GAGGAAGUAAGAUUCCUUGCCUCGUUUUAUACGGUUUCAUCCGAAGGACAAAGUCUCUGCGUCCUGCAUUGGGAUUCGAACUUGCGAUGUAAGGAACAAUCCUUACUCCGUGAUUCUAAAGCAAACGCUCUAACCACUGCGCCACGUUGACGACAGAAUCAAUUUAAAUAAGUCUGGUGCUGAAAAUGGCAGGAGCAGCAGCUACUUUGGCAAUUUUCAUUAUUGUGCUUACUAAAGCUGAAAACAGUAUUUCAGCAAUAGACAACAGCGCUGAAAGUCCCUACGAUGUCGGAGAACAUUGUGUGUGUUCAGGAGGAUCUUGCAAUUGUUGUCGAAAUGUGACCCUUAGGGCCUUCCAAACGAACCAUUAUGUUUGCAGCAAAUUCCAGUACGACAAAACGAAGCAAAUGUUUGCAACCAAAUUAGAAAUUGAUGCUAAAACUGCAAUAGAACAAGAUGUGCCAGUGAACAGUUCACAACCAGUAUGCAAGGAAGUUCAAAUCGGAAGCAACAAAACAAAAGUAUGUUUCCAUUUCCGCCAUGUCAAUGUCAGCGGAAACAGUGUGUCUGGCUGUGUGCGCACCACCAUCAAAGCUGGGGAAGUGAGGCAGUCGGUGAGUUUGGGAUGUUUUAAGCUGUCCGUCGCAUACAAGCAAGCAAGUCACAUGAUGCUCCAUAGACUGGUGAGGAUCUGGCAGAAAGAAAUUCUCGUCAAGCUUUUCAACAUUGAUAUUAAAGAUGGGAAAAUGAAAGCAAAAUAUAUCCUAAAUAACUAGACUUUGGGUUUGAAAUUGGCAAAUUGCAUGCACAUGUAUCAUUGUUUGAUGUGCAUUUAGCCUUUUACAGAACAGGGGAUGAAAAGGUGAAAAAUUCGAAUUGUAAAUCUGUUUCUGUUAUUAGCAUACCUGCCAAAUAAUUUAUUUAUCAAAGAUGGUUCUACGGUAAGACCGUAGUUAUUUUAGUAAUAUUUCCAUCAUCUCAAAUAACACUAACUAAUUUUAUUAUGAAUAUUUUUUUCACUGGGAUCACAUUUAUCUUUUUUACUAAAAUUUGAAUCAUCUUCAACAAAACCAUUUUUUUUUUAUUCAGUAAAUAAUUCAUAUUUUUAAACACAGUUCUAGUUUUUGAAGCUGCCUUGAAUUAAAGAGCAGUUUUAUUGUUUCUGUUUAAUAUAGUUAUCAUUAUGUAUCCUGAUUAAAAAUUAUGAUGAAUUCUCUGAAUUUGAUUUAAUGUUAAAUGGUAGUCCUAAUCAUGGACUUGAUAUUAAUAUACAAAUAUUUGAAGCUGUACAUAUAAUUAUUAAAUCAGCAAAACGAUAAAUACGAGGCUCUGUCAUAUAAAAAUAUUUAGGAUAUUGUAAUAUUUUUGAUUUUUUCCUAUCCGGUAGUACUUUGUACAUAUGAAUAUUUUUUCUGUAUUUUUCCUUUGUUACUUUUUUCAUUGUUUUCUUCUUUUGUACAUUCUUACUUUUUUGCUACUAUUAUUAAUUUAUUAUGUAUUAAGCUUAACAAUUUUCUGUCCAAUCUUGUUCACUUUUAGAUGUAUGAAUGAAAUAUGAAUACUG